UCCAACAGACGGACAAAUUAGUCAGUUUGAAUAUACCUUCUUCCCCAUGGCUUCUUCUUCGAUCUUUAUAUUAUCUCUAUUUAUUCUAUUAUUUUCUACUCAAUCAUCAUCUGGUCUUGAUGAAAUUACUUACUCUGCAGAUGCUAGUAAAGUUAGUUUAGCUCUUUAUUAUGAAUCACUGUGUCCAUACUGUUCAAAUUUCAUGGUCAACUACUUACCAAAGAUCUUCACAAAUGGACUCAUUGAUAUCAUUGAUCUCAAACUCAUUCCUUAUGGUAACGCCAGAAUUACUGCUGACAACGUUAUCACCUGCCAGCAUGGACCGAAUGAGUGUGUAUUGAAUACAGUGGAAGCUUGUGCAAUAUAUGUCUGGCCUAAUUUGGAUAAGCAUUUCAAGUUCAUUAAUUGCGUGGAGACCUUUGUUUAUAAAGGCCAACAAUCUGAAUGGAGAUCUUGUUUUUCAAAAUUGGGGUACGAGGAGAAGGCUGUCAAAGAUUGCUAUAAUAGUGGUUUGGGAAAAACGCUUGACUUAAAAUAUGCAAAGGAAACAAAUGAUCUUAUCCCCCCUCAUAAAUACGUACCAUGGGUGACUGUCAAUGAAGUGCCACUUUAUGAUGAGUAUGAGGACUUCCAAACUUAUGUCUGCAACGCCUACAAAGGUACUCCACCAACAGCUUGUCAAGGAAAACAGUUGGAGAUCAGCACUAAAGCAAAAUCAAACCAAUUGGUUGCAGUUACCUACAUGGACGAAACAUCUCCAGCCACUAAAAUCAUGUCUAGAGUAACUAAAGGAAGGCGCCAAAUGAAGUUCUGAAUUUCUAAUUGGUCCCAACAUUACCCAGAGGAAUUGGUAACUUCAAGGUAGUUAUAUUGCUGGUGGGACUGCUGGCUGUAGCCUUGUGCAACUCGUGUAUCCGUUGGAAAAAGCUGCAUAAGCUCCUCUUAUGCUAGAUUUGCACUCUCAUUCGGUUUGUAAUGUUUUCGUGGUACUUUAGGUUCGACAUAUAUGUUCUUUUAUUUAUUUUUCUUUAAAAGUUUGCCAUCAAUUCUGUAUGAUCAUGGUAUCUAGUUAGCCAUCAAUUCUAUAUGAUCAUCUUAUCUGCUGGAAAAACUAAGUAGAAAAAAAAUUCUUGCAUGUGCGAAUCUAAGCUAAACACACCAUAUUUCCCCA